AUGUCUUUUGAACGUCCAGAAGUGUUUUCUGCACAUGUUUUACCUGGUGAAGAACCAGCUGAAAACUCGUACAAUGAGAUUACAAAAGCUUUCCGUUCUUUUAUUUUGGAAUAUAGAAUCGAUUCUCAGUUUAUUUACAGAGAUCAAUUGAGAGAAAAUUUGCUUAUCAAGAAUUACUUUUUAAAAGUUGAAGCUGAUCAUCUUAUUUCAUUCAAUGAAGAGUUGAAUAAAAAAUUGAGUGAUGAUCCUGCUGAGAUGAUUCCGCUUUUUGAAAAUGCCAUUACCGACAUUGCUAAGAGAAUUGCUUAUUUGUCUAAUGAUGAAAUUCCUCAAGAUUUCCCAACUUGUCAAUUAAUUUUAUAUUCAAAAGCCAAUGAGAUCUCUAUAAGACAUUUAGAUUCUGAUCAUAUAGCAAAAAUUGUCAGAGUAAGUGGGAUUAUUAUUUCUGCUUCAGUUUUAAGUUCUAGAGCAACACAAGUGCAAUUGAUAUGUCGUGCUUGUAAACAUACCAUGAAGAUUACUGUCAAGCAUGGGUUUGGUCAGAUCCAAUUACCACCUAGAUGUCUAGCACCUCAUAAUUCCGAUCCAAAUUCCACAGAAGAAAAAUGUCCCAACGACUCUUAUGUUAUCGUUCAUGAUAAAUCAACCUUUGUUGAUCAACAGGUUUUGAAAUUACAAGAAGCACCAGAUAUGGUUCCAGUUGGUGAAAUGCCAAGACAUAUUCUUUUACAGGCUGAUAGAUAUUUGACUAAUCAAGUUGUCCCUGGUACUAGAGUCACCAUUGUCGGUAUUUAUGCUAUUUAUCAAUCAAAACAAAGUGCAAGAAACAACUCAACUUCAAAUGUUGCUAUUCGUAAUCCAUAUUUACGUGUAUUAGGAUACCAAACUGAUAUUGACAAUGGUGCCAAUGGACAAGGAAUCAUCUUCAGUGAAGAAGAGGAAGAAGAAUUUUUAAGAAUGUCAAGAAUGCCAAACUUGUACGAGACAUUUGUCGAUUCUAUUGCUCCAUCAAUUUACGGUAAUGAAGAUAUAAAAAAGGCAAUCACUUGUUUAUUGAUGGGUGGUUCCAAAAAAAUUUUACCUGAUGGAAUGAGGUUAAGAGGUGAUAUUAAUGUAUUAUUGUUGGGUGAUCCCGGUACUGCUAAAUCGCAAUUACUUAAAUUUGUCGAGAAAAUUGCUCCAAUUUCAGUUUAUACGUCUGGUAAAGGGUCAUCAGCAGCUGGUUUGACAGCUUCAGUUCAAAGAGACCCGCAAACUAGAGACUUCUAUUUAGAAGGUGGUGCUAUGGUUUUAGCUGAUGGUGGUGUUGUUUGUAUCGAUGAAUUCGACAAAAUGAGGGACGAGGAUAGAGUUGCAAUUCACGAAGCCAUGGAACAACAAACCAUCUCUAUUGCCAAAGCUGGUAUUACAACUGUUUUGAACUCCAGAACUUCUGUAUUGGCAGCAGCAAAUCCAGUGUUUGGAAAAUACGAUGAAUUUAAAAGUCCUGGAGAAAAUAUUGAUUUCCAAAGUACUAUCUUGUCCAGAUUUGACAUGAUCUUUAUUGUCAAAGAUGAGCACAAUGAAGGUAGGGAUAUUUCAAUUGCUCAACACGUUAUGAAUGUUCAUACUGGUGGAAGAACACAAGAUUUGUUACAAGAAGGGGAAAUUCCAAUAGAGAAAAUGAAAAGGUACAUUCAGUAUGUUAAAUUGAGAUGCGCCCCACGUCUUACAGCAGAAGCAUCAGAAAGAUUGUCGUCCCAUUUUGUGUCCAUUAGAAGACGAUUGCAACUCAAUGAAGCAGAAAUGAAUGAAAGAUCUUCUAUUCCAAUUACCGUUAGACAAUUGGAAGCUAUUAUCCGUAUAACAGAAUCAUUAGCCAAGUUGCGACUUUCACCAGUUGCUACAGAAGAACACGUUGAGGAGGCAAUCAGACUAUUCACAGCCUCCACAAUGGAUGCUGUUGAUCAAGGUCUUGGAAGUUCAAACGAUGUCACCUUGAAUGCUGAGAUCAAAAAAGUUGAACAAGAGUUGAGAAGAAGAUUACCGAUUGGAUGGUCUACUGCUUACAAAACUAUACGUAAAGAAUUUGUUGAUUCAGGUAAGGCUAGUGCUUCCGCAUUAGAAAAAGCUCUCUAUAUAAUGGAAAGACACGAAGUGAUUAAAUUCAGACACCAGAGACAGAACGUUUUGAGAGUUGGUGUUUAA